CCGGAAGAGGGGGGUGGCCUGUAUGACUGAAUUGCACUUCUUCCAGGCCCUGUGCGUGAUUCAGUUGGAAGUAGGCAGGAUUUGUGAACCUUUUAAAUUGAGUCGGAAGACUUCUUCAGGAAAUGCCUACCUAUUUGUCUCCUUUACUCAAGUUUAUGAAGUUGUUUUAGUUUAUUCCAGUCGCUAGGAGACAGUAAGCCGGAUACGGAAGUGCUUCUUAGGACCAUAUCCGGAGGGGGUCGCCAUGGCUGCCAGGGAGCAGGUGCUCGCCUUACAGGCCGAAGUUGCCCGGCGUGAGGAGGAGCUGAGUUCUCUGAAGCAGCGGCUGGCGGCAGCUCUUUUGGCAGAACAAGAACCUGAGCCAGAACGGCUGGUUCCGGURUCGCCGCUGCCGCCCAGGGCCGCCCUGUCCCGAGAAGAGAUUCUGCGCUAUAGCCGGCAGCUAGUACUGCCUGAGCUGGGCGUGCACGGACAGCUGCGCCUGGCUGCCGCGUCGGUGCUCAUCGUGGGCUGCGGUGGACUCGGCUGCCCGCUGGCGCAGUACCUGGCUGCAGCCGGCGUGGGCCGCCUUGGCCUGGUGGACUACGACGUGGUAGAGAUGAGCAACCUAGCCCGCCAAGUGCUGCAUGGCGAGGCACUGGCCGGACAGGCCAAAGCCUUUUCUGCCGCCGCCUCGCUGCGCCGCCUCAAUUCGGCGGUGGAGUGCGUGCCCUAUGCUCAAGCGCUUACCCCAGACACGGCGCUGGACCUAGUCCGCCGGUACGACGUGGUGGCCGACUGCUCCGACAACGUGCCCACUCGUUAUCUGGUUAAUGACGCCUGCGUGCUGGCGGGCCGUCCUCUUGUGUCGGCCAGCGCCCUGCGCUUCGAAGGUCAAAUCACAGUUUACCACUAUGACGGUGGGCCUUGCUAUCGCUGCGUGUUCCCCCAGCCACCCCCAGCAGAGACGGUGACCAACUGUGCAGAUGGUGGGGUGCUCGGUGUGGUAACUGGGGUCCUGGGCUGUCUGCAGGCGCUGGAGGUGCUGAAGAUCGCUGCAGGCCUGGGUCCCUCUUACAGUGGCAGUCUGUUGCUCUUUGACGCUCUCGGAGGGCAUUUCCGCUGUAUUCGGCUGCGGAGGCGCAGGCCCGACUGUGCAGCUUGCGGGGAGCGCCCUACUGUUACCGACCUGCAGGACUAUGAGGCCUUCUGUGGCUCUUCAGCUACCGAUAAGUGCCGUUCCCUGCGGGUUCUGAGCCCAGAGGAGCGUGUUUCUGUCACUGACUAUAAGCGACUUCUGGAUUCUGGGGCACCCCAUCUAUUGCUGGAUGUCAGGCCUAAAGUGGAGGUGGACAUCUGUCGUUUGCCUCAUGCCCUUCACAUCCCUUUGAAACAUUUAGAACGGAGGGAUGCGGAAAGCCUGAAACUCCUGGGAGAAGCAAUCCAGGAAGGGAAGAAGCGUAUUCAGGAAGRGGCUGCACUCUCCAUUUAUGUGAUUUGCAAACUAGGAAAUGACUCCCAGAAAGCCGUGAGGAUCCUGCAGUCCUUAACAGCAGCCCAGGAGUUAGACUCUUUAAUGGUUCAGGAUGUUGUGGGGGGACUCAUGGCCUGGGCUGCCAAAAUCGAUGGGUCAUUUCCACAGUACUGAAGUGACUGUUGUCAUACCUCAAAGAUAUAUUUAUUUACAUCCUUCCCAUAAUAUGGAGAAGAAUAUCUGACUACACGACCUCCUUUUUAUAAGGAGCUUUUUGGUUGUAAUGUAAUAUUAAUGGAUUAUAAUACCUUCUCUGAGAACCUUCUUGAGUUUUCAGCAUUUAGGGGGUGCCUUGAACAUCAGAUAUAAUGUGAUAGGAUUUUGUGUUUUACUUUUUCCUCAAUUGCACUUUUCCACCUCUUUAAAUCAAAACUCUAAAUCAUGUCUAGAAUUAAAAUAUAUACUUAGUCUUACUGAGUUGAUCACAGAUGAUAUAUUUGGUGUCAGUUUAUUGUUAAUAAGUCAUUUCUUAUUUGGGUCUUAUUUCUACUUCAAAUAAUAGAAUAUAUCCUACAGAAAUAAAUGUUUGAUAAAAAUAUAUUAUUGUUUGGUUUGCUUUGAAAUCUUCUAGUCUAGGCCCUCUUUUCACCCCUCCUCCUCUUAUCUGCCUUUUCUGUUUAGAUUUACUCUAUUCUAGUAUUUUGUAACAGUGUACAAUGUAGGUGUUUUAUGUUUGUUUACUUAUUAAAAUUUUUAAAAUGAAAUGGCAGAUCAUAUACCCAGCUUACAAUGUAUACAACAAAAUUAAAAGUAAAAAUUUGGUAUACUCUUGUAUAUCAGUGGCCAGCUGAAGAACACAUGGCCUGUCAAAGGGGGGCUUUGACCCUCCAUCUGCUUGUUGAAGGCAGGCCAUAAUCAUCAGAUUUUUUUUUUUCUAUUUUAAGAGCAGAAAUCACAGAUGUAAUGUGAACUCUCUGUAUCUCUGGCAAUAAAUAUAMUUUAAAAAAAAAGUUUAAAAACAUUGUUGCAGGACAAAAGUCUUAUACACUUAACACAGGCCAGGUUUAUACACCAAUUUGCAACCUCUGGUACAAAGUCUUGUUAUUAUGAAACGGUGAUAUUGUUUGAGAAUCACAUUCAGAAUUAGAAUAGUCAUCACUUUAACUGUGGAACAUUCUUUGAACUCAUUCUUUGAACAGGUGUAGUCUUUGUCAAGAGAUUGAAACAGGUCACUUUUGACUGCUUCUCUGGAGACCUCAUUGAGACCUGGAGUGGAGCACAAAGGUGGCCAGCUUUUGCCCCUUACCUGUUGUUCAGGGGAAGCCGACUAAUGCAGAUCUGGAAACAGACUCCUGUCCUAACUUGGGCCGUUGUGGCUGUUCAGCAACAGAAGCUGUUAAGCUAAUUAAGUGGGGAAAGGGUUUUUAAGGUGUUGGGAGAUGCUUUUGAGACUUUUGGGGACAGACUUGAGGCUGUACUUCCAGGAAUGAUGAUCAAAACUAUGUGUAGAACUGGGCCCAGAAGAACAAACUGCACUGCCCCAUCGAGCACUAGAGGAAAUUGCGUCCAGGCCAUCGUUAAUCUUCCUAGAACCAGCCCCUCCUCUCUCAGAAGACUCAGCGUCUUUCUGCCACAGACCUUUUCAAUGAGAGUUGCUCCGUGUUUUUCUUUUCUGAAUCAYCCGGUCAGCAGAGCCAAGUCACAUUCCUAAUCCCAGCUGAUUUGAGCCCCAAUGUCUACGGUGGGGAGGCAGAGCUCCAGAUCUGUGAAGACUGUGACAAGCAGGGUGCAGUGGCGCACCUAUAAUCCCUGCCACUCGGGAAGCUGAGGCAGGAGGAUC